AUUGACCGACCUAUUCAAGCCCACUUCAUCUCUCUUUCUCUGCACAUAUAUAUACGCGCACACACACAAGCACAUAAACAGUGAUUUCAAAGAAGCUAGGCUCACAAGCAUACCAAAGAUGAAGAGUUUUCUCUCUCCAAUCUUCAGAAGGCUAAUAUGCCUCUCUCUCCUUCUCCAUCUUUGCUAUGCCUUGAACGUGACCACAAUUCCAUUCAAUGAAGGCUUUAGUCCUCUCUUCGGCGAGAGUAACAUCAUCCGUUCAUCAGAUGACAAAAGCGUCAAUCUUCUCCUCAAUCAAUACACAGGUUCUGGUUUUAAGUCCUCUGACCUCUACAACCGUGGCUUCUUCAGUGCUAAAAUAAAGUUGCCAUCGGAAUAUACUGCCGGCGUCGUUGUCGCAUUUUAUACUACAAAUGGAGAUAUAUUUGAGAAGACUCAUGAUGAAUUAGACUUUGAGUUUUUGGGAAAUAUUCGAGGCCAAGAAUGGCGGUUUCAGACGAAUAUUUAUGGAAAUGGAAGCACCAACAGAGGAAGAGAGGAGAGAUACCGCCUCUGGUUUGACCCUUCCAGAGAGUUUCAUCGAUAUAGCAUCCUAUGGACCGCCAACAACAUUAUUUUCUACAUAGAUGAAAUUCCAAUCCGGGAGAUAGUACGUAGCGAAGCCAUGGCGGGAGACUACCCAUCAAAGCCCAUGUCACUGUAUGCCACCAUAUGGGAUGCUUCAACAUGGGCCACUUCUGGCGGCAAAUACAAAGUGAACUACAAGUAUGCUCCAUUUGUGGCCGAAUUCACCGACCUCGUCCUCCAUGGAUGUGCUGCUGAUCCUGUACAAGAUGUACUCGCCGCUAGCUGCUCUCAAGAAGAUGAUCAAUUGAUGGACUAUUACUCCAAUGUCACUCCAAGACAGCGAAUGGCGAUGAAGAAGUUUCGAGAAGGAUACAUGUAUUACUCGUACUGUUAUGACACUCUAAGGUACCCUGUCACACCACCAGAGUGUGUGAUUAAUCCAGUGGUGAGGCAACGGUUCAAAAACACCGGGAGGCCGCUGAAACUCCAUGGAAGGGGGCGCCGGAACCAUUCAAAGCGAAGAAGUACUCGUGUUUCAGAGAUGAAGAACUAUGAAAGCCAAGAUGAUGACUGAUAAAUACAUAUAUUUAUGGAUAUACGAUUGUUUUGGCAUUGGUUUGCAAUAAGUUUAUCAAUUUUUUAUUGUUUAUGUAAAUGUGUGUGGGUGUAUCUGCAGUACAUUGAGAGUUAGCAAACACUGUUUUGUGUGGUCAAUAAAAUAGCUUUGGGAUUAAUUUAUAUAUAUGAACUUGGAGUUCAAAA